UGUUUAUUGUGGAUUUUUUGUCGGCGUGAAAAGUUGUUUACUUACUGAAAAUAAUGAGUGAAAACCAACAGGAAGAUAAAAUGUCUGCGCCGUUCACUAAACUGAAUGCCCCUAUCAGUAGAUUGGCGGUCGUAUGUCGCGGCUGUUUGGCAGAAUCGGGAGAAAUGAAGAAUAUGUACGAAUGGGGCUUGUAUGAAGAUUAUUUUACGAUUACAGCUAUUGAGACAUCUAGAAGAGCCGGCAUAUCGGAGCUCCUAUGUUCCACCUGUGAAGCAGCCAUGAUGACCUGCAAGCAGUUCCGGGAACGAUGCCAGCUUUCUGACAAGAUACUGAAGACUUCACUCGUAGCUAGGUCAAAGAAAAAAGUGCAAAAAUUCCGAAGAAACCAAGUUACAUGCAUACUCCACGAUCAGAAGUUAGCCGUCCUGAUAACUGCACCUAAGACUGACUCUCGGAUCAACCUGCCUUGUCCAUAUCAUUGUAAAGACUGCUUUUUCAAAAAAACAGACUUACAAUCGCAUUUGAAAAAAAUGCACUGCGUAUCCGACUCCUUUGAGAUUGAGUUACAAUAUUAUUGUCCGGAAGAAAACUGUGCUUACCAUAUUACUUCGGAUAAAAAUAAAUGGUUUUCAGGCAGAAAGUUUCUAAACCAACAUAUAAAUAAAGUACACAAAGCUAAGACUUUUCAUUGCAAUGAAUGUAACCAAUGUUUUGCCACCGAAACUGAAUUUGUGAGACACUCAAAAAUCUGCAAUUUUGUCUUCAUAUGCCAGAUUUGUGACACAAAAUACAGUACGAAUGAAAAAUUAAUGGUACACUUGAAGAGAAAACAUCCAAAUGUACACCAAUUGUAUAAAAACGAGAAAGCGGAAAAGCGAAAAUUAGAGCGAACUAAAGAAGCGAAGAGAGCGAAAAAUGUACCCUCAGAAACCGAAAUGGCUACAGCUACAUUAAUAACCACCGAAAUAGACCCCAAAAGUAUUUUAGAAAAUUGGAAAUUUAAUGAAAAAAUACCAAAAAAUGAGCUGACCUUCUGCGAUAGUCCAAAAAAGUCUUCCGCUACCCAGAUCCCGGAAGAUAUCAAAAAUGAUGUGACCUUACCAUCUUGGCAGUCGAAUGAAACAAAAACAGAUGAGAUAUCAACUCAAGUAGCUUUCGAAGAUCUUUUGUCUUUAAAAUCACAGAACAGUGAGGACGAAAUCUUCUUUUCGGAAGCCGUCUCUCUUUCUGACAUUCAAACUCAGACUUUUCCAGUAGAAUUCGGUCUCAGUCGCUCAAAUAAAGAGACUCAAUCUUGCAAGAAUUCUGAAACGCAGUCCCCUGAUUUGAGUAUCAAAGAAACUCAAACAUGUUCGUGUCACUAUGAUUCUCCUAGGCCGAAUUUUAGACUUUUUGAUAGCCUAUCUUCUAGCCCGGCUAGUAUUAAUCAUACUUCUACGGAGACUCAAACUGGUGACUCAAGGUUGGCAAUGAAAUCGGAUGUUUUAUUAAGUUCGACUGAAACUCAAACGUGUUUUGAUGAAUUGAGCAGUGAUAGUAUAUAAUUAUAUGAUGAUAUAUAAAAAGAUAUAAAAUUAUUACACUCCAAUUAUAUAAAUGUUAGGAGCUCAAUUCUACAAAUGUUACUUAAGCGACAUACAAUUGGUAUCCAGUUAAGAUUCAAUUACUAUUGAAGCAUAUGUGGCAUUCUGCAUUUUUUUUUUGUUUUAGAUAAACGUUUUUAUCCUUUUCUGUGAUUCAAUAAUGAAUCAUAUUGUCUGCAAAUGAUUUACGAUUGCAAUAUGAUUGUAGAGCAAACAACCGUAUAGAAUAGAAUUCCCACUACAGUUAAAACUGCUAUUGAGAUUCAAUUGAUAUCCAAUUUACACAUUAUUAAAUUAGCAGAAUCAAGGCUUUUAAAAAAACUGUUAAGUAAUUUUUACGUUCAAAGUUAUCAGUCGCACAAACUUUUUAGUCUAGAUAUCCUAAGAAUUAUAUUAUAAAGUUAAUAUAUUCAUUCUUAUAAAAUAUUUUUGUAUUAAAUCAAGAUGUAUGUACGGACGACAGCACAUCAACCUAGCUCAAUCUGUCAAAUGUCUUCAAUAGUAUUCCAUCGACGACCUCGAUGGCGCAAUGGUCACCGGACUGCCGAAUCUGAGGUCCCGGGUUCGAAUCCCGGUUCGAUAUUUGUGUGAUGAGCAUGCUUG